AUGCAAUUAGUGGAUUGGUUAUCAAGUCAUGCUAAAGUUGAAGAUAUUAAUAAAGAAAGAUUUGGACUUGAAUUAAAGAAUGAUCAAGAAAUAAAAGAAUGGAAUAAUGAUAUUGAAAAUAGAUAUAAAAAGAAUCAAGGUGAUUUAAAUGCAAAAGCAUUAGAUGCUUGUAGUAAAAGAUUGGGUAUACCAUCAAGCUAUAUAAAUAAUAGAGUAUUAUGUGAAGCAAUCAAUUAUUUCAUUUCAGAGGGUGAUACAGAUAAAGCAGAUAUUUUAUUUGCUAAAGCAAUUGGAAAUGGUUCAGCUGAGGCUAUUUACUUAUUAUCAUUAUUGCAUACACAAUCGAAUGGAAACAUUGAAGAAUCUUUAGACUUGUAUGAACAAGUUUCAUCGCUACCCCCAUUCAUUACAUUAUCAGAUGGUGUCACCACCAUACCAAAUGCCAGAGUCACCGAUUCGUUAUAUCUCACUGCAUCAUUUUAUUUCAAUGGUAUCGGCAAGGAAAGAGAUUUACCAAAAGCAAUCGAAUUCUACAAUAAAGGUAUCGAAUUGAAAAAUGAAAAAUGUAUUCGUGAUUUAGGUUUACUCUAUAUCGAAGGUGUGGGUGUUGAAAAAGAUAUUGAAAAAGGACUUGACCUCUUAAAGAGUGCUUCUGAAUUGGGUGACCCUGUAUCUAAAUUCAAUUAUGGUAUGUUAUUAUUCAAUGAUUCCCCAAUCGAAGGUUUUAAAUAUAUGCAAGAAGCUGCUGAUUUAGGUGUUGAAGAAGCUCAAAAUAAAGUUAAAUUUUAUAAACCAACAAUUGAAAAAAUCUUAUUACAACCAAAUAUUGAAGAAGAAUUAUUAGAAAAUCAAAAAAGAAAUAAUAAAAACAAUAAAAAUAACAAUAAUAAUAAUAAUAAAAAUAAUAAUAAUAAAAAUAAAAACAAAUCAUCUUCAAAUAAAGAAUCUGAAACACCAAAAAAUAUAAUUGAAAAACCAAAGAAUAAAAUUAUUGAUGAUUGUGAUAAUGUUGAUUAA